AUGGCUGAGGCUGCAGUGCCAAGGGCACCGGCCGCACCUGGUGCAGGCGCAGGACCAGAGCCAAGGGAAGGCUCUGCGCGACGAGGAGGCAGAGGAGGCAGAGGCGGCCGCAGCGGUCGUGGUCGCAGAACUCCCAGGGAUGGCGGUGGUGGUGGUGGUGAUGGUGCAGACCGGCCUCAGCCCAGCAAUACACAGGCGGCUGACCCUGCGCUGGCUCAAUCACAUCGUGCAGAGAGCAGUCAUGACAACGCCAACUCGACAAACGGCUCGCAAUCAAGCGGCAGAGGUGGGAGGGGAAGAGGUGGUCGAGGAGGUCGGCCACUGAGGAGAGGCGGCAAUCUUGCAGGUGGUCGUCCAGCGAGGACCACGAUUGGUGCCAUCCCACGGUCUUUCGGAGGACAUCUGACAACAGACACUGGCUCCGAAGCAGGAGAUAAUGCCGGCCUGAACGCUGAUGCUCACGAAUUUGUUCCAGGCCAGCCUGUCAAGACAAAUGGAAAGAAGGCGCCAGCAAAGCCCAAGGCUACGCCGACCCGGAGGAUGUCCAGGUCGACAGCUCCUGAUCUGCCGACACGAAUCCAUGAGGACAUUACCAAUGGUCAUUACGAGUGUGUCAUCUGUACGAACGAAGUGCUGCCAAACUCACGAAUCUGGUCAUGCACCAUUUGCUGGACAGUGACACACGGCACGUGCGUCGGAAAAUGGUACACGAACCAAACGAAGACUGCCGAAGACAAGUCCUGGAGGUGCCCUGGCUGCAACUCGGGCAUGGGCGUAGAGGAACCGGCCAAAUAUCACUGCUGGUGUGGCAAAGAGCCAAAUCCAAGGUCUAUUCCGGGGUUGAGCCCACACAGCUGUGGGCAAACAUGCUCGAAGCCCCGAGGGACAUGUCCACAUCCCUGUCCGCUUGAAUGUCACGCGGGACCCUGCCCCCCGUGCCUGAUGAUGGGACCGAAGCAGUCAUGCUUUUGUGGAAAGAACACCUCGACGAAGCGCUGCGGCGAGACAGACUACGUCAACGGCUGGAGCUGCCACGAAAUAUGCGGCGAUCUGCUGCCGUGCGGAGAACACGAGUGUCGUCAAGAAUGCCAUCCCGGCCUCUGCGGUAGUUGCCAGGUGCCAGUGCCUUCACUGUGCUACUGCGGCCGAGUUGCAAAAGAUCUCGCAUGUGACGAGCGUGGCGACAAGGAGGAAUCUUUCAAUUACGGUCAGAUCGGAAAUCCAGACACAGUCAUUGUGGACGAGUUUCUCCCCGAGAACGCUUUCUGGGGCUCAUUCGACUGCGAAGGGGUCUGCGAGCGACCCUUUGACUGCGGCAAGCACAACUGCCAGCGGUCGUGCCACCCGCAACAUCUUGAGGAGGCUCACUGUCCGUACUCGCCCGAUAUCGUCACUCACUGCCCAUGCGGGAAGACCCUGCUCAGCGACAUCCUCGACAAGCCGAGAGGCAGCUGCGAGGAGCCAAUACCAAAGUGCAAGAAGACCUGCGGUCGUCUGCUGUCCUGCGGCCACGAGUGUGAUCGAGCCUGCCACGAGGGCGCAUGUCCACCAUGUCUCCAAAGCAUGGACAUCAACUGCCGAUGCGGUCGGACGGUUACAGGCACUGUCUGUCACCAGGGAAAUGUUUGUGCCCCUGAGUGCAUGAGAAUAUGCCGUGCCCAGCUCAAUUGCGGCAGGCACGAGCAUGGCGAGCGCUGCUGUCCUUCUGAGAAGAAGGCCAUGGAGCGGGUUGCUGCUAAGAGGAAGAACAAGAGCACGGCCACAGCCAACGAAGACGUCGAGGCGGAGCAUAUCUGCAUCAGAGUUUGUGGCCGCGAGCUGAAAUGCGGCAGCCACCGAUGUCAGCAGAUGUGCCACCGCGGACCCUGCCCUUCUUGCCCAGAAGCAGUCUUUGACGAGAUCAGCUGUCAUUGUGGACAGACCGUACUAUAUCCGCCACAGCCUUGCGGCACACGGCCGCCUGAGUGCCGCUAUGAUUGUACAAGAUCCCGACCCUGUGGGCACCCUCAGGUCUCACAUAACUGCCACACCGACGACAAAGACUGCCCUCAAUGCCCUUUCCUGGUGGAGAAGCGGUGUGUCUGCGGCAAGCAAACACUCAAGAACCAGCCCUGCUGGUUUCAGGAGCCAAGAUGUGGCAAGCCAUGUGGCAAGGAGCUCAAGUGUGGUUUCCACAAGUGCCGUAAACUCUGCCACCGCGAUGGUGACUGCGAAGACGUCGAUAUCCCAGGCUCGCAUUGCAGUCAGCCCUGCAUGAAAGCUCGGCAGUCCUGCGACCACGUCGAUAUCGAGCCCUGCCACGCACCAUACGCCUGCAAGGAAGACCGCCCGUGCCAGGCAAAGACAUUUGUGACAUGCGAGUGUCAGCACAGAAAGCAAGAGGUCAAAUGCGGAGCGACGAGGACCAAUGCGUGGCCCUCGCGAAUCACUCUCAAAUGCGACGACGAGUGUCUCCGAAUGCAGCGCAACGCGCGGCUUGCCGAUGCACUCAACAUCGACCCCUCGACACAUCAGGACGACCACGUCCCUUAUUCUGAUACGACUCUGAAGCUGUACCGCGAAAACCCGCAGUGGGCACAGACCUAUGAGCGAGAGUACCGGGUCUUUGCUGCCGAUGCGGGCGAGAAGCGGCUGCGUUUCAAGCCGAUGCAGGCCCACCAACGGGCCUUCCUGCACUCUCUAGCAGAGGACUUUGGCUUCGACAGCGAGAGCAGCGACCCCGAGCCCCAUCGCCAUGUGUGCUUGUUCAAGACUCCGCGGUUCGUUGCGGCGCCGACCAAGACGCUUUCGCAGUGCGCCAGGAUUCGUGCUGCGGCAGCCCAGCCGGUGGCCGCUGCUGCAUCGUCAUCGACGGCUGCCAACAUCAGUGCCGAGGCCGAGGCUGCGGCCAAACUGCCAUGGAACGCCCUGGUGUUGACGUCUCCGCGAUUCGGUCUGACCAUUGAGGAGGUGGAAAAGGCGCUCAAGCCGGACUACACGGCACACCCUACAGUGACCUUCUUGACGAGCUUCCUCCCGUCUGAGGAAGUGGUGAUCCGCGGCACCGGGCCGUGGCUGCCCACAGCUCUAGAGAACGCGCUCACCUCCCUCAAGGGCGCGGCAACCCCCAAGCUCAAGCGCCUCGACCUGAUCAAGAGCGCGGGCGGCGUGUUCCUGUGCCACGCGGACAACUCGCUCAACAUCCUGCGGCGCGAGGACGCCAAGGGGGGAUCCGGCAGCGGUGCCGGAGGGUGGAGCUCGGUAGUCGCGGGCAAGUCCGCUGCUCGCCCGAGGCAGGUCGCUCCUUCUGGUCCGGCCUUCACGCCCCUCCGCAGCAAGUUCAUCGCUCUGAGGAAGAAGCCUGUCGAGGUUGAGCCCGUCGAGGACGACUGGGAGGCCGCUGCGGACAACCUGGACGCCGACGAGGGGCAGUCGGGACGGGCAAACACAGCUGACGUCCACGCCCGAGAGGAGACGGGCGACAAGUCUCUCGAGACUGUAGCAUAG